AUGGGGCGCGUUCCCUGGGAAGUCGCGGAGACGUUGGGAGACACUCGCUGCCGCCUCGAUCGUUUUGGCGGGCCCGCGCUUCGGAGCGGCAGCGCGCUUGGCCUUGUGAGCGAGCGAGCAAGGGAGAGGAGAGGGAAACAUCGAGGUCGCAGCGGAGAGGGGAAAGGAAUUAUGGAAAGUGCAGAUGUGCGGCGGCGGCCGUGGCUCUCUCCCCUCUUUACGAGCUCCCGAGCUCCGGCGCGGUGCAGGCUGCUCGGGAACUGCAGACCCCUGCUCGUGGCUUCGCUUCUGUUAUGGCUCCAAGCUCCUGGCAGCACAUCUGAUGAAUACUUCUCCAGCCACAUAUUACUGUCGAGCAUGGUGCAUGAACAAAGUUUGGGACUGAAUGACACAUUGGAUGCUUCAAUAAUAAAAAAGCAGGACAAAAGUGUAAACACAAGCUCCAUGCAGUCAACUUUGCAGUCCAGUUUGAAUCUGGAAGAAGAAAUUCACCUGAACUUUGAAGAGACCACAACACAAGUAAAAGAUACCAGCUGGUCAGGAAAGUUUGUGCUCUCUGAUGACUUAGAAUCCUUAGCUGCUUAUAGCAACCUGGAUGUGGUCCCUUUAUCACAAUCUUUCACCACAGUCAUUACUGAAGAAUUUCAGCCAACAAUGCCACUGCCUUCAAUCACAGCAGUAUCAUCAGUAUCUGUUAGUUUUUUGAAAAAUAAAGCCACCAGUCAGUUGUCAGAUCUUUUUAUCUCAUCAGUUUUUUUCUCCAGUUCCAAUUUGGUUCAAUCAGUAUCCUUUCUAGCUAAGUCUGCAAUGCCGAUUCUGCCACCAAGUGCACAAUCAUCUCAAGUUGUAAGUUCAUUCUUUUCUUCAUUUUCGGUCAGUAACUACGGUACAUGGCAAUCCACUGUCAUGACGACACCAACAAAUUGGAACAGCUUGGAGCUUCUGAAGGAGAACAGUGAAACAGCUCUGCUGAAUUACAUUGACGUGGCAUUCAAUAGAACAAAGAGCCCCGUUAACUAUACGGAAGGAGAAAAUGAGCUAUUUCCAAUUUCAAAUGGCAUUGCAUUAAUAAAUAGCACAGGAAAGUUUGAAAUCGUUGGAGAAUCUACCAUUGAUCAAGUUGAAACUUUUCAUAUUGCUUUAACACCAGAACUUGUUUCUGCAAGUUCAAUGUCUGCCUUGCCUCCAAUGGCAACAUCUGAUGCUGCUUUAUCUGAAAACAAUGCAAUGAACGAUGGAGUGAUGUUAACUGAAUUUAAUGGAUCAAUGCUUUCCAUUCAUUCGCUUUCAUCGCCUUCUACUCAUGGAGCUAUACCUUCUUCACAUGGCUUGUUUCAUACACAGUUGUUUGAUAAUGAUUUUGGAUCUGGUGAUGACCCAGAAAUGACAACACUCAGCAUAUCAAAGACUGCUGAGUUUGUUCCAACCUCCAACUUGAUUUUUGAUUCAUUUAAUCCAGAUUUACUAGAAUCCCAAGUCUACAACACGUAUUUUCUAACAAGGCCAGUUCCAACUGUUUCAACAAAACUCCCAGCUUGGUCUGUGCCUUUGUUGAUUUCCUCAUCUUUCAACACCAUCAAUCCUCCAACAACCCAUUCCUUAAAUCAGAAACUGUUUUCGUCAUUUGAGGAUAAUUUAGUUAUUAGUUCAGUUACUCCUUCUGUGUUGAUAAGUGAAUCCCCAGUAUUGGUACCUACAGUCAAUGAGAAUUUCUCAUUCAUUGUAGCUGAUAUGGAUCUGAAACCAACAGUAUCACUGAAUGUAAAUAUAAGUUAUCCUCCACAAGUUACAAGUUAUUUAACAAAUUUCAUAGCAACUGAUUCCCUUAAACCAACUAGUGGGCUAGACUCUUCAGUGGAUUUUGUUUCAUCUUUGAGAAAUGAUUUGUCGACUGAAUCGGGUUCUGUUUUGUCGACUGAAUACUCAAGCUUAUUUGAGCAACAGAUAGAAACUCCAGCAACGUUUGAGACAGUGUCUCCUGGAACAUUAUCUAGUAUUUUAACACAGGAGUCCACAUUUAUAGAACCAGAGCCUACAACAUCUAAUUUGUUGGCAGAAAACAAUAAUAGUACAAAUCUUGUCAUAAUGCUUGAAUCUUCAUUUAGCAAACCUUAUUCCGGUGGUACUUUUGAAAGGACCUCAUUCUUUGAGGCAUUGUCACCUUCAAUUGAUGAAGUACAACCCACAUUAAUACCAUCUGUUUAUGAGUCAAUUUUUACUGCCAAUAGUACUACAAUAGCUGAUCGCACUCCUGAAAGUUUAGUGCACUCUUUGCCAAAUGUCACGCUACUUAGUAUCAGUUUGAUAUCUUCUACAAUUGCUAUCACCACAGAUCCUUUAAUUAUUCUGAACUCUACUGUUGAAAUGCCAUUUUCUUAUUUUCCAACUUCAACCCCACAUGUCUUUCCAGAUGUUCUCCCAUCAACUACAGAGACUCAUCGGAUUUCUGCUUCUCUCCUGUUGACUCCACCUCCCCCAUCAACUGGAAACUCUUCAAAUCCUAACCCUGUGGAAACUUUGCCUGCAACAACCACCACAGUCCCAGUCCACAAUCUCACAGCUACCCCAAACAGUGUUACCACGACUGCAGUAGCCAGCAGCACAGGUUCAAAACCACCCUUUCCCAUGACAACCCAAACUACAGUUUCUGCAACAACCAAGAAUUUUGUGUGUGACGUUAAUGAACUCGAUUCCUAUCUUGUAAGAACAGUGCUCUCUGACCAGGUGACAUCACGUCAGGAUGUGCUUGCAUCACUAAAGGAUGUACUGAGCCAGCGUUUCAAACGGGAUGUGGAACUUCAGGUUUUUCAACCGAAUCAAGAGUUCAUGUUCAUGGUGACGGCAGGCCCCAUUGUUUUCUCUGCUCCAGCUGUGCUCAAUGCUCUGUCUCAAAGCACACUUGUUAGUGGCGCUUCUCCACUUAUCCUUUCUCUCCAGCCAGCUCUGACACCACCAGACCACCAGGCGCAGGUUCAAAUUGUUCUGCAGUUUGUCCCUCGUUACGUUGAUGUGAGAUUCUGCAACUUCACUCAGAGAAUUGAGAGGGGACUGACAAUGGCAUUUGCAGAAGUGCGCCGCAGGCAACAUGAAACUGAAGGCUUUGCUAUUCAGAUAAUAAAUGUUACGCACACAGUGCAGAAUUUGGGAGGAUUACGGCAAGGCCCCGUUAAUAUAACCUUCGCUAUUAACAGUCAGCGGGGAUUCCUGAAUGGCUCAGAUGUCAGCGACUUGCUGAGGAUACUGAAUCUGGUAGAAUUUAGUUUUUACCUUGGAUUUCCUGUCUUUAAGACAGCUGAACCUAUCUAUUACCCUGAACUUAACCGAUCAUAUUUACUGAUGGCUUCUUGGAUAAAGACAGUACUUCUGGGUGUGCAUGACAACCAUAUACAGGACAAAACCUUUCAAGCUGAACUUGAGCGAAAGCUAGCCCAACUGAUCUGUGAAGCAACUGGGUCAGCAAGGCGUUGGAAGCGAGCAAGCACCUUGGGGAAUAAUACUGUUCAGGUUGUGAAUAUCACUAAGAUUAUUGGUGAUGGGAGUCCAGCUGAACUCAUAUACUUUGUGGAGAAGCAGAAUGGGGAGCGCCUCAAUGCAAAUGAAGCAGCCAACCUCAUCAACAAAAUAGAUAUACAGAGAGCAGCAAUUGUUCUAGGCUAUCAAAUACAAGGUGCAUUGGCGCAACCGGUAGAGAGAGUUCCGACCUCAUCUCCAACAGAGGAAAAUAAGAGUUUGUGGAUCAUUGUAGCUGUGCUUGUACCAGUGAUUGUGGUCAUCAUCAUCAUCAUGAUUCUGUACUGGAAGUUCUGCCGAACAGACAAGCUGGAGUUUCAGCCAGACACCAUGAGCAACAUUCAACAACGACAAAAACUUCAAGUGCCAAGUGUUAAAGGUUUUGACUUUGCCAAGCAGCAUAUUGGUCAGCAUGGUAAAGAUGACAUUUUGGUCAUCCAUGAAGGUUUGCCACCUGUCUCAGCAAAGGACAACUCGCCAUCUGAGAACGGUGAUGUGUCCAGUCCUCAGCCGAAGGCAGCCAAACUGUCCAAAGGGCUUCGACAGAGAAGUCGAGUUUCACCUUCUGAAGCUGAAUCCACUGCCAGUGAACAGUCCAGUGGCAGAGAAUCUGUCGAGGAUAUUCCAAGAGCUCCUGCAAUUCCUAGUGGCAAUAGACACAUGACAAUCAGAAAUGAGCCUCAUCAGACUGACAAGCCUGAUGAGCAGCCGUCCUCCGCUUCCAUUUUUGAUCAUGUUGAUCGGAUGUCACGCCCAUCAGAAACAGGCAAAUGGCUACCAAACAAAAUUCAGCUGAUCGCCAUGCAACCGAUUCCAGCCCCUCCUUUACAGAAUCCAUUACUUCCCGAGCGAGUGGCUGAAACAAACAAAAUCAAUAAAGAGGUUCAGAGAGCUUUGAGACAGAAAUCUGAAAUUGAACAUCAUCGCAAUAAGAUCAGACUCCGUGCUAAAAGGAAAGGACACUAUGACUUCCCCGUCAUGGAUGAAGUUGGUACCAUUGAAGCAAAGGAGCGACGCCGAGUCUACCGCAGAGCUCAAGUUCAUAUUGACAGGAUCCUUGAUCCCAGUGCAGAUGUCCCUGUGGAACUGAGGAAAAGCUAUCGUGGCAAAAGAUCUCCACGGCAGAGGCGGAGACAUCAGGUGAACGGCAGCAUGACAGAUGCAGAAAAGGACAGGCUGAUAACCACGGAUAGUGAUGGGACCUACAAGAAGCCACCUGGAGUGAACAAUGCAGCCUAUGUUUCGGACCCUGACCUGCCUCCGGAGCCUAGACCUCACUCUCCAGCUCAUACUCACCCUCCCCCUCCUGCCCCCCCACCAUAUCUCCCGCCACAGCCAUCCAUUGAAGAGGCAAGGCAGCAGAUGUACUCUCUGCUGGAUGAUGCAUUUGCUUUGGCAGCUCCAGGUAGUCCUGGAAAAGUCUUAUCAGCAGUCAGCCAUGGUCAGCCAGCCACCAGCACUCCUAUCAGGGGAACCAAAGUUUCAGCUAACAACCACUGGACUCCAGUGUAUGAACAACCCCAGAGUCUCAGCAAUCCAUAUGUAACGAGGUAUGAAGAUACAGGAUCAAAUCAGCCAUCUGCAGCAAGCCACCUGCACAGUUCUGGAUAUAUGCGGCCAGGAGAAGAGAUGAGACAAGAGCAGUCUCAGCAGGAAAUCCUGUACUCAAACAGACCCAUGUAUGCUGAUGAAUUUCAAACAAGACCUCCAGGAAAUAAUCCUGCAGUUCAUGUUUAUCCACUGUCUCAAAGUCGUGUAGAUGGUAAAGUCACAGCACAGCCAGGACAGAUGCGUGGUGGAAGACCUGGGCCUCAAGGAGUUGUGGGCUGGACACCAUAUGGUAAUGAAGAUGGAUUGGUGCAUCAAGCUCACAGCAGAGAACCACCAACUACUCGAGCGCACCUGGAAUAUGUGUCGCCACUCUAUCCAAUGCAGAGAACGUCCCUCCGUGACCCUUCAGCACCAUCUUUGCACUUGCAGCACUGCAACGCUCAAGAACCCGGUGAGGGCUUUCGCUCCAGUUGCACAGAAGAACUUGUAUCUGGCCAGUCCUCCACAUCUCUCAUCAAAGCCAUUCGUGAAGAGCUUCUCAGACUUUCACAGAAACAGUCAGCAUUUCAGAACAUGCAUAGCUGAUCUUGGGGAAGAGGGUCCCUGAACUAUUUGCUUCCUACGGAAGCCAACUGGAAAAAUCUACAAUUCUAUCUCCGAAGAAGAGUUACUUGUUGGUGAAUAGAACCACUGAUGUAUUAAAAUGUUCAGCACAACUAGAUUCUGUUUUAACAUCGUGCUUCCAAACAAAGGUGGCGCCACCUUCAGGUUACAGCCUGUAAGCUGUACCUCGCCACUCUGUUGAAAUUAACGGUUAUAUUCCGUAGUUGGAGAUGGGGGUGGAAGUUGACUAGCUAGUUGCUGUAAAAACUUUAAAUUUCAUUCAGCAAGGCAGGAAAAAGACAUCAGCAAGCAAAAGAAGAACUUCCCUAUCUACCUUGGACGUUAACUUCUCUAACUUGGUUACAUCCCAGUUUCACUCCCCCUCCCCCAACUAAGCACGAAAAUUCUGUCUGAACUCUGACAUAAGAGCCUCGAGGAACAGGACAGAAUGGGAGGAAGAAAAGGCAAAUGAGAGAGGGCCACAUUGAACAAUGCAAUUUAUGAUGGUAGUAAAACUUGAGAAAGAAAAAGUUUCAAAGGAAGGAAGUAGUACUGUGAACAGUUAGCCUCGGAUAGCUUUUUCAUAGAUGUAUGUGCAAACGAUUGGAAUUGGAUUUGAAACAAUUAGGUUAAUGAGGCUUUGAUAGAUUACCUAAUUGCUUUUUUAAAUGAAAGUUGAGAAGUUGUAAUUUGGACAGAUUUUAAUAAAUUAUCAGGACAUGGGCAAUAAUCAGAAAGUAUUGAACACGACCCGAAGUAGGAAAUCCAAGGCAGGCAGUAUUAUGAACCUUUUAAAUGUUAUCGAAAAUUUUUCUUCUUUGAUGCAAAAGUAUGUGGUUCAAGUGCAUUAUUGACAGAAUAAGCAAGAAAUUAUAUUGUAUAGUGAGCAGAGAAUGGCCGAGGAAUUUUUACCCUUUCUGGAGAAGAGAAUUGGAUAUAGUGGUUGAACUUCAUCGUACAAUUCUCCUGAAAUGGCACAAAUGCGUUGUACUUGGGCACAAAUGCAUUCAUCCUCUACCAAAUCAGCACUUGAUUCCAUUUUUAUAUCACUUCAAGAAAAGACUAUCUGCAGAAUCAUCGCAGAUGCCUGUGACUGACGUAUGGCACCACUUGUCUUACUUGCUUUUGUCUAUGACCACUACAGCAUAGUAGAGUAAAACGUAAUACACUUCCUCUUUGAAUUGGAUGAGUUAAAGGCAAUGCUGUGGGGAUUCCAGAAAUCUUCAAUUAAUAUGUUCACUGGCAUUCCUUGAAAGUUAUAACUGACUUAUUGAGAUUAACCAUGACCAGGAUAACUGGUCUGCUAUGACUGAAAAGAUCAGUUUCGUCCUUUCCAAAGAGGGAUCCAAGACAUUUGUCAGUAUUUUGAAGGUCAGGUUCUGUGAUUCAUUCCAUUUUCACAUGGCCUUGAUUAUAAAAUGUAUAGGUGCUACAGGCCAGAGUAUUGUGAUUUUUAUCCUUUCAGCCAGUGUUUUGUGGAUUCUGCUCAUUUGUGGCCUUGAUAAUACACAAUCUCAAUAUGUACGGACUUUCAGCAAAUGAAAUAGUAAUAGUGCAAAUCAACUGGAUGAAUUAAAGAAAAUUAAUAGUAGGCUUUCCAAAUUACCAUCAGUGUUAUCCUUCUCUCCAUUGCUUUUAUUGAGUGAAAACUCUUGUGUAACCAGCAAUUAAUUUAGCGUCUAUCGCAACAGUAAUCUGACCUUUGUGAUUCCCUAGAUAAUAUACACAAAGCAACUGUGAGCAGGCAGAAAAAGCUUUUCUGUUUGCUCAUAGAAUACCCUUAAUACUCCCAUUUCUCUUGUAUGCUUUUUGUUUUGGAAAUAAGGUGUGGGAUUUGCUUGUGUUCUUGUUUUUAUUUUUAUCAGAAGUGUUGGCAGGCCCAACAAAUGUUUUGAUUUGAAGUUUUCUAGUUGUAUUUAUUUUGCAUGUCUUUCUACUGAUUGCUCUCCUGAAAUGAAAUGUGUACCUUGCAAUGUUUUCAUCCUGCAUGUCUCAUACCAGUGUUAAUGCAAUGGCAAUAUUUUACCUUGACUAUACUCUGCAAAGCAAUAGUACUGUGUCCUUGCACAAUCAGAAUUCAGAAUUUAUUCAGCAUCAGAUUUAUUAUCGCUGACUUAGGUAAAUAAGUUUACAAAAUAUUCUUAUUGGUUAAAGUUCCCAUUUUUUAAGAAACUGCAUGAUAGAUCAUUGGAGAUCACACACAGUAAAAUUGUCCCUGCAAGAGUGUAAUAGAAAGAAAUAUCAUAUGAUGUCUUACUAAGACUAGCUAGAAAGUCCAAAAUUUAAUGCUGUUCAAUGAACAUAUUUUUACCAGUGAGUUUAAUUGAACUUUGUGCCUGAAUUACAGCAGUGAAAGAUUAGCAAGAGUCCUGUCACUGUUUAAUAAUAUAUGCAUGAUAGGUGGUGGAAGCAUCAGGCUCAACUGCAAUGCAUUCCACAGUCCAGUACUUUGCUGAGACAUUUUCAAGAAAAAUGUUGUGAGUGGUCUAGGCUAGGAUCCAUUUCCUUGUCUGUUGAAACCUUCAGCAGAAGUGGAGAGAAUUGGUAAAAUAAGUAUUUGGGUAAUUUCAUUUUGUUGAAGGCCUCUCUUCAAAAUUGUGGUAAUUCCUAUGUAUAUUUCAACAACCAGUUGUCUCAUGGGCAGGUAUAAUUUAUAUACGGUAAUUUACAGUGACUGUUCCCCCAUCUGACAAGUGUCUAACAUAUUAAAUUUGAGCUAUCUCCCCACUAUGAUUCCAAAGCUUUAUGAUGCUCUCAUGUGGUUAUGGAGCUCGAUUACUGUAUCGCAAGGCGAGGACAGAAUAAUCUUUAAUGGUUUCAGCAGCAAAAUGGUGCCUAUUGUCAAAAGCAAAUGAAUUCAUACUUACAGCAAAGCAGGACAUCAUUCCUUCUUAAAAAUAGCACUCACUAUGGUCAGAAUUUUUUAAUAAGAAAGCUAUGAGUGAUUUUAAUACAGAUUUCAGAGAGUAAUAGAUCAUGUUAAAUACUACAGUGGCUUCUAGGCUUCUGUUGAUGAAUUAGCAAUCGGGUACCAGUGUGCAGUGAUGUUUCUUACUAUAGACCAGCAGUUUAUAUUUCCAGUUGUGAAACAGUAGAUCGCUGUUGCUUUUUUCCCCCCAAUAAAAUGCAUUAUCCAAUCAGAUGAGGGGAAAAUCCCUUAAGGCUGUCCUUUUUCUUAAGCACUUUUCCACAUUCAAAAACAUUGCUUCCAACAGAUAUUUCAGCAUUUAAGAAGGUAGGGUACAUAAGUUGAGCAAAACAUAGAUAAUGGGUCUAUACCAACCUAGCUGAUUUCAACUGUAGAAAUAUUAAUCUCGCCCCUGAGGCAGAGAAUAUUCAGAUUCUUAUUAGUGAUCCACUGACAUCUGGUGGUAACCCAACAUAUCAGGGCAUGAAGUAAGAAGCAAGUGGAAUUCAACUGAUUCUUUCUGUGGUUGAUUAGCCUAAUGAGUGUCUAGCAUGAUUGCUAGAGUGAAAUUCAUCUGGUACAAGUCACCGUGCAGAGAAGCGGGAAGACUCAAAACUGAGGGAGAAAUGACAAGCUGAUUAGAGUAAAUAUCACUGGCAGACCCCCAGUCAUUCCAUUGAUUUUAUAUGCAAGGCACUCUGAUAUGAUUUCUAUUGUAAUUGGUAAAAUAAAUAUUCCCUAGUAAAAAUUCAAGUAAACCCAUCAGCAUACUGUAAUUUCAGAAUGUGUGGAUAUUGUGACUAGAAGGCAAAAUGCAAAAUUAGUAAAUAUUGAUCACUUUUUCUUGUGGCUUACAUUAAACUUUUUGACCCAAGCAUCUAUUACCAAAAUAUUAAGUAAUUAAAUGAAUCAUUGGUACUGCUCCUAAUGUUCCUGCUCUCCUUUCAUUACUUGAAAUUUCCUAGUUAAAAUUCUUCAGCGUACAGAGCAACCUUUCCUCUGAUAAAAUAUCAUUCAGUGCAUUGAAAGAAAUCACCAAUUGUAAGAACACAGGAAGGUCCCAUGGAGCUUGCAAGUUCAUUCAAGGAGCUGUUGAGUCUUGGGCAUUCCUUCUGAUUUUAUGCGCUAGUUUUGUUAUUUAAGAAUUUAUUUUUAGGGUCCUAAAACAAAAUUUUUUUUUUAAAUUAGGUUUAUAUCUUAAAGUACACUUUUAGUUGGGAUUCAUGUUAUUAACUUUCUGCCUAUUUUAACCCUCUACCCUUUUGCCCCUUCUCUGCCCUCACAACCUAACCAUCACCCACACCUUCCUCCCUCUGGUUCCCCACUUUAUUCCCUAUAUUUCAUGGUCCAUUGUCCUCUCCAAUCAGAUUGCAUCUUCAGCCCUUUACUCUUCUACCUAUUGCCUCUCAGCUUCUCACAUCAUCCCACUUCUCCCCACCCCACCCCACCCCACCUAAACAUCUUCUUUGGAUUCACCUGUCAACUCAUGCUUAUCUCUCCCCCCUCCCCUCAACCACCUUUGUAUUCUGUCUUCUGGCCUCUAACCAGUCCAGCUGAAAUGUCUUGUCCUUAAAAAUUGACUGUUUAUUUCCUCUGUAGGCACUGCAGAGUUCCUCCUCAGUUGUUUGUGUGCUGCUGCAUUCCAGCAACUGCAGUCUCUCAUGUCUGUGCUUCAUGUCCUUGAAACUGGAGUAGGCAUCAAUUUCUGGAGCCUUUGUCAGGCCUAUCUCUAAUCAGGUUUUGAGUUGAAAUCCAGCUGUAGCAAAUGUAUGUAACAUUCCAAAACAGUGCAAUAUUGCCUUGAGUGGUUAAACCAAGGUACUCUGAAUGUUCUGGACAGUAGUAUUUCAGACUAUUAGAGUAUAUAAGAGUCCAGAAAGCUUGGGCUCCAUUUCUGUUCAGAGAGCAGAUUUAUUUCAAUAGUGUUGACUAAAGGGAUUAUUGUUGGUCAGGACACAAGCUCUCAUAUUCUGCUUUGACAAUUUGAUUAAUAGGACUGGAUGCUACAAUCCCUAAAGUUUCUGCACUGCACUUGACUUGGGUAGAAGUAGUUCUUAGAGAUGACCACUAGAUACCAUUACGACAUAUCUUCAGUUGUGUACCUCGACAUCACUGGGUGUUUCGGCCUUCUAUCACAAGACACCCUUAGCCGAGGCAGGCCCACCACAGGCUGAUCAGACCUGGGUGUGUGUCACAUGGUUAGUCUCUAGAUGGUCACUUGGCAGCCCAGACAGCGUCCGUUCUUUUCAGCCACAGCCAGUGACUGUUCAUUUCGGCGGCAUUAGCAAGUGCUUUGAUUGCCUUCCUAUGACCUGCCCUCUGACUCCUACUUCUCUUAGCAGCCUUACGGUGGAACUGGCUACAAAGCCUCUGCACCCCACCUCAACUGGGCGCACUUUUACGUUCCAGCCUCGCUCCUCUGCUUCAACUGCGAGGUUGGCAUAUCGCAGCCUUUUCCGUUCGUAAGCCUCAUCCACAGCAUCCUCCCAGGGGACUGUCAGCUCGAUGAUAAAGACGCCCCAACAAGAGUUAGUCCAAAGAACCGGGUCAGGCCACAGGUUGGUCGUUGCAAUUUCCGAUGGGAAGGUAAGUUUCUGGCCUAAAUCGACACGCAUUUCCCAGUCCCUGGCUGCCCACAGUGGGCAUGAGUCGUGAGGCAAGGGGUUAACCCCCAGUUUCUCUCCUUCCCGGAUGAAGGAUGGUAGUUGUGGGACCGUUGUCUGGGCAUUGAGAGGCCUGGCAUUGGUGGUUACUCUCUUACACUCAAGUUCAGCUGCCAAACACCUCAGCAUUUAGUUGUAUCGCCUGGUGUAUCUGCCUUGUAUUAGGCUGGUCUUGCAACUAACCGAAAUGUGCUUGAGGGAUGCCGGAACUGCUCACAGAGGACAGGCUGGAUCCUCUCCCAGCCAAAGAUUUAGGUUUGUAGGAGAGGGCAGGACAUCAUAUGUUGCUGUGAUGAUGAAGCUCAGUCUGUUUGACUCCAUACUCCACAGCUCACUCCAUGCGAUUUUCCUCCUCACAACACCCUCCCACCUCAUCCAGCAGCCUUGCUUGGCUUGGGAUAUUGCUUUGGCACAUCUGGCUGCUGCUUCUUGGUGGCGCACCUCCACCACCACCAGAUGCUGGCGAUCAGUUGUAGUAGCCUUUUGCCAGGUAGGUUUCAUCACUCCAAGGCCAAAGCCUCCUCUGCCCUGUUGGACAUAGCCCACUAUGUCCUGGUGUUGGAGGAUGGCUUCUGCAUCCAGUACUGCUGCGGCCGGGGUCCAUUUCUUCCCUGUUACUAGAGCAGGAGCAACACCUCUUACGAUUGGUUCCCAAGAUUUUUGAGUGUCAUUUCCAGCCUUCCUUUGGCACAUUUGCAUUCCUCCACCAGGCUAGAAAUUGGCAGAGAAAGGGCUCCGUUCCUGUAAAGUCCUGUGCUGCUAAGGCAUUUUGGUAGCCCAAGCCACUUCCUCACAUGUGAGUUCACCAGCCUCUCCAGCCAAUUUGCAUGAGACAAAGUGACCUCAUAGAUGGUUAUUGGCCACAUAGGUCGGGGUAGCAGUCCAAACUGAAAGCACCAAAGCUUCAACCUCCCUGGGAGAGCCGUGUUGUUGAUUAGCUUGAGGACACUGAUUGUAUCCUGCCUUAGUAGUUCCACCUGCUCUGUGUCUCUGAGGUCUGCGUUGUACCAACAUCCGAGGCUUUUGAUGGGCUUCUCCAGGACAGUUGGUAUUGACUCAGGAUUGAUACAAAACCUUAUAUCAGUGAGCCGGCCUUUGACAAUUGAGAUACUGCAAGACUUACUGGGUUUGAUCUCCAUUGGUGCCCAUUUGAUGUUUCCCUGGAGUUUAUCCAGCAGGCGUUUGGUGCAUGCUUUUGUUGUUAUUGUGGUCAUGUCAUCCAUGUACACCCUGAUUUGAGGAAGAUGCAGCCCAUUCUUCAAGUAUUUCCCUCCGACCACCCAUUGUGAUGCUCAGAUAAUGAGCUCCAUUGCCAUGAUAAAUGCCAAAGGAGAGAUGGUACAGCCCGCCAUUAUGCCUAUCUCAAGGUGCUGCCAUGUGGUGGUGUUAUCUUGUGUUGUGACACAGAACUGCAGAUCCUGGAGGUACACGUUGACCAGCUUUGUGAUGCCCUCUGGAACCUGGAAAAAGCUGAAAGCUAUCCACAGAGUCUUGUGAGACACCGACCCAAAAGCAUUGGCAAGAUCUAGGAAGACCACAAGCAGAUCUUUCUUUUUUUUCUUGGCAGUUUGUAUCUGGUGGCAGAUGACAUUUGCGUGUUCCAGACAUUCUGGGAAACCAUAUUCCUGCUUUCUGCACUGAUGUGUCGACGAAGUUGCUGCUCUGCAAAAAGGCUGAGAGUCUUUGAGCCACUACACCAAAGAUCUUUCCUUCCAAACUCAGGAGACUGAUCAGGUGGAACUGACUGAUUGUUGAGGAAUUCUUCUCUUUGGAAAUUAGUAUCCCUCCUGCCCUUUGCCAUGCCUUAGGUAUAAUUCCUUUCCCCCAUGCCACCUUCAUUAGAUUCCAGAGGUAUUUCAGGACGCCGGGGGUGUUCUUAUAGAGUCUGUAUGGGACGCCAUUGGACCCUGGAGCUGAUGCUGAUCUUGCUCGUUUAACUUUACUUUCCACCUCCUUCCAUGUAGGGGGCCUUACAUCCAUCUGGUGCUCAGGUGGGUGGAUUGGUGGCAUGUCAUUCGGAAUGGUGACUGGCUCAUGGUUAUCAGAGUGGGUCUUCCUCAGGAGCUCCUCCAGUUCCUUCACAGGUACUCUAGGGACCCUGUUCUUCUUGCCAAAGAGCCUUUUGAGGAACUUGUAAGCGUCUCUGUCAAAGCUUGCCCUCGCCUGUUCUUUCUUCUUAUGUUGUUUUCUCAAGUAUCCUGCUCUUCACAGCUUUGUCAAGCGCUGCUUUAUUUCUGCUUGUAAUACCUCGAGUCCUUUCCUUUCCCCUUCUGUGGACUUCCACCACUGUUUCCUCAGCUGUCUCCUUUCUCUUCACCAGUCUUUCGAUUUCCUGCUGUCUCCUAGACUUAGGCUGGACUGAAGAUUUCUUCUGUGUCCUCUGUUUUUUCACUCCAAAUCCCUCUAUCCCAUAGCUGUAUAUGGUGUCUCCCCACUUCUCCAGUUUUCUUUCCACACUUCCCUUCAGUCCUUCUAGAAGAUGGACUAGGUCGGUGUUGAUGAUUUCCCACUCAGUCUUCUGGCAGGAUUUAGGCCAUAAGAUUUGGGGCUUCCAUACUUUCAUCUUCCUUUCUGCUGCUGGCCGUGGCUGGUUGGGCUCUGGACUCGUGUCCGUUGGUGGAUCUGUGCUUGGUUGAGUUUCGCCUGGGGUGCUGAUACCCUGUGGACUGUGGUGUUUGUCCUGCCACUGGGCUUCACUCGACUGAUUUGAUCUACCUCUUAGAAGGUAACGGUCAAUGCGAGGCCCCUCGCCGAGCUCCCUCAGGCACUGUUUCCUGCCCAGAAUUUUCACCAGAAUUGCCCAAGUAGGUUAUUAAUUUAAGGAUCCAUCCGUAGUGUAGUUUCGGAUGCAGCAUAUUCUCAAUACAGCUUUAAAUGUCCACUUAUGUGAUCAAGACUCGCGAAUGGACAACAAAUCUAAGAGCUUUUGAUGAUUGAGAAUUGAGCCUCUGAAUCAAAGCUCAUUCUUCAAAGUUUUGGAUUCAGAACAAAGGUGGCACACCUCCCAGAUAGAGUAUGAAGCACUUUGGGAUGAUUUCAGGAUGUAAAAAUGUGAACCCUUGUAUCUUUAUUCUAUCACUUUACUGAUGGUUUUAUAUAUAUAAACUUUUAGUUAUCUCAGAUAAAAGUAAAUCAAAUGGUUCUUCAGUGGAAGCGUCAUCUUAUAUAAAAAAAGAGAUCAGCCUUUGGGUUUUUUUUUACUUAACUGUAUUCUCUCCUACCACAGAAAUCACUUGUAAAUUAGCAUCUGAGCCCUGAUUCCUGCAAAGAAAAACAUAAGUAUAUACUAAAUUAGCUACUAAGGUUUUCCCCUAUGUAUGUACACACAAACCAUUUUCAUUUGUUUAGUUACUCCUUUUGUUCAUUUUCUCAAUUUACUCCUUUAAAGAAUGAAUGGUUUCUGUUUUACCACUGGGUACAGAAACAACUGUAAGAGAAUUUCUUUAGAUUAUAAUCCACAUUAUUAAAGGUUUCACAGGUACAUUUAAUGACAGAGAAAUGUAUACAAUAUACGUCCUGAAAUACUUUUUCUUCGCAACCAUCCACAAAAACAGAGGAGUGCCCCAAAGAAUGAAUGACAGUUAAAUGUUAGAACGCAAAGCCCCCCUCCAACUCCCCCUUCCACACGUAAGCAGCAGCAAAGCAACAAUCCUCCUGCCCCCACCAACCACUCAAGCAUGCAGCAAAGCAUCAACAAAGACACAGACUUGCAGUACCCCAAAGACUACUCGUUCACCUGGUAAUUCGACAUACCACAGACUCUCCCUCCCUAAUAAGGUAAAAAGAGAUGUCUCCAUUUCACAGCGAGAGGGAAGACAUAACAAACAACUCGCUGAUUUACGAUGUUAAAAGUCCAUUGCGUCGCUUCUUCCAAGGUCUGUGCCAAAGAACGUGGGCCUCUGGGCACACAACCAGCAGCCAGCUUGCUGCUUUCAAUCUUCCAUCUCCCAUGACACACCGAUUUCCUGCAGAGGCACCAACCUUGAGUCCACCUGCCUUCAGAGCCACAAAAUCCCCAAAACUCGAAGGCACGCUAAUCUUCUAGGCCACGUCCUUGGUAUAUCGAAUAACGACCAGUCGUGGGGCCCCGAGAGGAAGUCCCAUUCUGACAAAGAACUGAAGUCAGUGUGUAACUCCAGGUCAGGGUCUUCAAAAGAACCCUGAAAGUUAAAAAUAGAGAUAUUAAAGAUAGAAAUAGAGUUGUUUCCAAAGAUGCAAACAAAGGAGUCGUGAUUGGGUGCCAUUGUCUCCUAAGCUCCACCCGCUUCUUUUAUCUUCUAUUAUCUUAGCAAAGUUAAUAAUAACCCCUCUAUACAGGAAAAACUGACUGUAGAAAAUUGUCUUUGCCUAUUCACUCUAUCAAAACAACUCAUUAUAUAACCUGCUACUUAUCCUCACAGCUUGCAAACUCAACCAGCCUUGCAAGUACAAAGCUCUUAAGUGAUUUACUACUUCUCUCUGAUAUGUAUUCAUGUUUAGCACAGAAGCUGCAAAUUUUCCUGCAGUCUUAUAUAUAUUUUUCAUGGACGUAUUUGACAGAAAUAUUUGAGAUGGAAAAUGUGCUUUGUAAUUUGUAAAUUAACUUCAAAGAUGAGGAACAGCCACCUCUUAAAAACUAGACACAGAAAAGUAAAAUCAUUUAUAAUGAAACUAGCAUCACAUUUGAACAAAUGACUGAAAUAGUUUGCAGUUGGGUUUGAAACUUUGCUGCUCCCUUGAGAGUUUGUGAUCAAUCAAAUUGGAUAAAUUGUGCUGUGUAAAGCUGUCUAAGCUUUUGUUUUUAUCAUGAAGAAUUAAAGCUAAUUUAUGUGAAAUGUAUCUCGCGUAUGAAACCAUUCCAACUGGUUCCCAGGAGCAUAAUAAGAAUUGAGGCUUUGUAGAAGGAGGUGUCAUCCCUCAAAUGAGACAUUAGCCUAAGGUUACUGCUUUCCAUCAUUUUAGGAAACACCAAGGGUUUUCUUUGAAUCCUGCCCAAAAUUUAUAAACCAACACUAAAGCAUUACUUGUACAUGUGGACCCUUGCUUCUGUGCUUUCAGCUUACCAAUAUUAUAGUGUGAUCUGUACCUCAAGCUUAGUUAGCAGUGAAGUUCUUUGAGACACAUGGUUCUGAAAGAUAAUACAGUAUAUAAAUUGAAGUAUCUUUAAGCUUGAUGUGCAUUAGUAGUACUGUUUGGAUUUAUAGUAGGCAUGUUUUACUUUGCUUGUCCAUGGAUUAAAGGUAUGCAAU